CGAUCGAAACGAAACCCUCGUCCCUCAUUUCGCAAUUCGCACAGAUAGUUCGCUGCUCUUAAAACGCGAAGUCGCAAACCCUGCGGGACUGUUGGAGGCGAACGACAUCUUCUUUCGCGCGCAUGUCGCUCGCAGGUUUUAGUUGAAAAAGAAAUUGCUAGUGGGUGGCAUACUUUGUCUAGAAUGGAUUGUGAUGAUUUAUGUGGAGAGAAUGAAGGGCAUUUUUUGUUACAAUUAAAUAUGGAGGAUUUUGGAUUGAUACCAAUGAUAACUUUAGAAAGAGAUAUAAUGGUGGCAAACAAAGGACCGUCAAAAUUGAGAAAGGAAGUAUGAAUCUUUUUAUACUCAAAACAGAGAUUCUUAAAAUAUGUCCAUGGCUUAAAGGAUAUAAAUAUAGUAUGCAUUAUCACAUUCACAAAACAUCGCCGAAGGAGUACAAAAUUAUAAAUACUGACAUAGACGUGGUAGAGAUGGUUACACAUUCAAGUGGAAAUUUUCGUGCUGAGUUAGUUAUCUCAGUAGAAGAGGUAGAUAGAGAUCAUUCAAACACAAACCUCAUGGGGGUUGUUGGUGAUGAAUAUAUGGCAGAUUGUUCUGUGAUCCAUAAUGGUUGUAUUUCAAGUGUUCAGACUACAAGUGCUAUAGAUAUUGGUAUUGGCACCUUCUUCAAUGAUGCAAGAAGUUUCAAGAAUGCUCUCCGAUCAGUUGCCAUAAAGGAGAACUUUGGGGUUCAGAUAAAAGCCAGCGAUAAGAAACGUGUGAUUGUGACUUGUUCCUAUCAAGGUUGUGAAUGGAGAAUUCGAGCCUCUUUAUGUGAAGACACUCAAUCUUUCAAAGUUAGGAGACUAGAUGGAGUACACACAUGUCCUGGAAUAAAUCGAGCUGGGAAUAGGCUGACAACAUCUGCUUGGGUUGCCAACGAGAUACAGGAGAUGGUAAAGAGGUACCCAGAUAUCCCACCUAAAGAAAUAAAUAGUAGUCUAGAAAAAGAGUUUGGCUUAUCCUUACCUUAUAUGAAGCUUUGGAGGGCAAGAGAGGAAGCCCGUGAUGCUUUAUUUGGUUCAGUUGAUGACAACUACAAAUGGGUUCCAACAUUGGCAGCAGAACUCCAUAGAAAUCCAGUAACUCAUAUAACAUAUGCAUUUAACAGUGAAGAUCAUUCAUUCCUGAGGUUUUAUGUUAGUUUUAAGGUAUGUGCUGACGGUUUUCUAGCUGGGUGUAGACCACUAAUCAGUUUGGAUGUAUGCCAUCUUAAGUCGAAGUACCUAUAGGUGUGUUGCUAUCUGCUAACGCCUUAGACGGAAAUAAUGACUUAUUCACUUUAGCAUUCGCUGUGAUGGAGACUGAGUCGAAAGGGACAUGGUCAUGGUUUCUCCAAAAUUUGGGAGAAACAAUUGGUCUUUCUUUAUAUCCUCUGUGUUUUAUUUCAGAUAUGGAGAAGGGUUUGGGAAAGGCUAUAAAAGAUGUAUAUCCUGAAGCUGAACAUAGAAUUUGUAUUCGCCAUUUGUGGAAGAACAUUAAAAAAAAAUUCCACUGUAAAGAUGGACAAAAAGUGCAUGGACUUGUCUGGGAGGCCGCUAAUGCUUACACAAAUACAGAGUUCAAUGAGAAGCUAGUAGAACUAUGUCAUUUGAGCCAAGCAGUUUACUCGUAUCUUAUUUCUUUACCGUAUAAGUGGUCAAGGAGUCAGUUUAUGAUUGGGAUAUGUCAUUCUGCAAAUGCGAACAAUUUUGCCGAGUCAUGCACUUUUUGUAUAUAAUAACCGCUGAUUUAUCAUAUUGCCUAUGGUGUAGGUACAAACUAGCAUAUGAAGGGGCAAUUUCCACAUUACCCGGAAAGGAUCUUUGGCAAGUAACAGAGAAUACGGAACAUGUUGGUGUACCUAGUACUUAUAGACCAAGAGGAAGACCUAGGAAAAAAAGAUUGCUAAAUUUCUUGGAGCAAGAUAAGAGGUCACAUAGGUGUGGCAGAUGUGGUUUAUGAGGGCAUCAUAGGAGUACUUGCAAAAAUCCAUUGCGAAAUAAUAAUAACAAGGACAAUUUGCGUACAGAAGUUGGAUGAAGAAGUCGGACAAAGUUGCCAAGCAGACGGAAUGGAGAGGAUCAUCAACUUGAAGAUUUCGAGUUCUCAUAUGUGACUGGAUUUUAGGAUUGAUAGCAUUCACUGCUCUUUAAGAAGUCCCUGUUUUGACUUUUUGAGCUAGUACAUAGUAGCUGUAAUUUUUUUGAGCUAGUAGAUAGCAGCUGUAUUUUUUUUGAGCUAGUAGAUAGCAGCUGUAACUUUUUUUUUGGGCUAGCAAUAUCAACAACUUGAAAGUAUUGACUGUUA